GUCCCGAACAACAUUUAAUGGAUACUCAAAACGGGUGGGAUUCUAUAUAUAAUUAUAUAUAUAGCAAAUCAUCAUGACUGAAAUGGCAUCUCGCAAGGCCUUUCUGGACCAGUCAUCCGGAAGCGGGCACUCAGUGACCACCUCCCGCCAGCCUUAUAUCAUCGACUCCAUUGCUUCCAAGAGGGUGUGCUUCUACAAGAGUGGGGACCCUCAGUUCAAUGGCCUGCGCAUGGUCAUCAACAGCCGCACCUUUAAGACUUUUGAUGCACUUCUGGACAGCCUCUCCAAAAAGGUCCCGUUGCCCUUUGGGGUGAGGAACAUCACAACCCCACGAGGGGUGCAUGCUGUGCAUAACUUGGAUGAACUGGAGGAUGGGAAGGCCUACAUCUGCUCUGACCAGCGGAAAGUCAAACCUAUCAAUCUGGCAUUGGCCAAUAAGAAGCCACCACCCUGGUACCAUGCCAGGCCAAUCAGUGCCCGGCGUCAGGCCCUACAACUGGCCAGGAAGUACCCAGCUCGGGCCAAGCGUAAGCAGGAACCGGGGGUUGCGAGGCCCCCCAAGAAGCUGACAGUGUUCAGGAACGGGGAUCCCAGUGUGAAACACACAGUGAUGCUUCAGAGGAGGACAACACCCACCUUUGAGUCUCUGUUGGAUUACGUAUCAGAACUGAUGCAGUUUCCCGUGGUUAAACUACACACACCUGAUGGAGGACGAGUGGAUGGCCUCCCAGCCUUGAUCUUGUGUUCUGGAAAAGUAGUGGCUACAGGCCGGGAGGCCUUCAAAUCUGCCAACUACAACACCCAGAAAUCAAUUACUCCAACAUGGCUUCCUGCCAGUCGUAUGGCACCCAAAAGAAAGAAACGUGCAAUUCGGAAAAAGAAAACCAUGUCCAGUGGCAGUAAGUCAAGGAACUUCUCCUCAUCGUCAGAGAGAUACUUUGUCAAUCAGAUACAGAACUCCGUUGCCGGAAGUCUCUGUGACUUUCCUAGUAACUCUGGGGAAAUGGAAACUGGUCAACUGUUGGAGUCUGUCGCAGAAACGGAGGGAGACAUCUGUCUGGAGGAUGGGGUGGAAGGGAUGGAAAACUGCAUGCCCCCAGAUGAUGACAUUGAAAAGUCCUUUCGGGUCAACCAGGAUGGUAGUAUGACAGUGGAGAUGAAGGUACGCCUGACUAUCAAAGAGGAGGAGACAGUCCAUUGGACGACCACCCUGAGCAGAUCCAGCGUGGCCAACCAGCUCAGUGUGGCCUCGUUGCCUGAGUCUGACCCUGAGGGCGGCACCUUAGAACCACAAAACUCAACCUCCACUGACACCAUCAACAAACACAACUUCAAAGAUGGUGACGAUCAUUUGCCACCAGAAAAUGGACUCACAAGCGGUGGGAAUGAGGAGGAGGAAUCCGAGCACCAGGCAGAUGUGGUCUUUCCCAGGAGAGCUCCAACACCAGGACCCAGGAGAUCAAGACAGCACCAAGCCUCAUUGGAGGGUAUUAAAACUGUGAAACCAGAGGAGAUCCAGCAGAAAGCGGUUGGCUCGUAUUCGUAUAGAGAGGAUACUGGAACUGGGAAGGUGACAGAGGAGUACUGCAUGGUCAGACAGUGCAGCACAAGGCCAGUGCCCAAACCCAGGAGAGUCAGGUCCUUGGAUGUCAACAGUUACAAUAGAAAUCCAAGCAGUUUGAAAUCUGCAGGGGAUGCUGAGAUCUUACAGAUGGAUGAUAGUGGGGGGAAAAUCACUGAGACAGUUUUCCACAUAUACGAGCAGCAGACCUGUCGAGAUAACUCUCUGGCAAAUAGCCAGUUUAGUGUACAGGGUGUUUCAAUGUAUGGCCUGCUUUAUGGGCGACCAGCCACCUCAGAUACAGCACACUUCUCAUCUAGUUAUGACUUAGAAACAGAGCUGGGAAGACCCUCUACAGCUUCAGAAUCACUCAAUGUGUGGAAGACCGAUGACACGUCUUCUGAGCUCACCCCCCAGCAACUGAAAACUAGAAAAUCAAUUAGACAGUUGACACAGAACAAACGUCGGUCCUGCCUGGAGAAAUCUAACAGUUUACCAGACUUCUCUUCCCAUGUGGCCUCUACAUUCGGGUCUUCCUCUAAAGCUCUCCUGGCAUUUUUAUCUGUUAUGACACUAAAGGAAGGUAUUGCUAACUUUAACAUGCAUGAAUUAAAUGCUAACAGUGUAAGCUGUGCUGAGGCUUUGAAAAUGAUUGAGACUCUGAGAGAAAUCGCUAGUAUGGAGGAUGCUGACAAGUUGCAAGCUAGCUUGACAGAAUUGCAGAGGUCGGCCUCCAUACAACUGUUACAAAAACGAGUGGGGAUCCUGGAAAAGAAAGUAUCUGGUUCAGACCAAAGGAAAACUGUGAUUGUGGAGACACCUGGCAUAAGACGAUUAGCCCAAAUAGAAACUCCUAUUGGAUAUGAGGCUGACGAUUUAACAAACGUGUCCCAACUGUCCAAUGAGCAAGGCCAGAUUGAUGUCUUCAUGAAGGAAAGCUCUGAAAUGCGCAUAACUAAUUCGGCCUUGUCCACACACUCAGCUCCUCCAUCCUCUUUAGCCUUCAGUUAUGAUUCCAGUGGCUAUUUGACCAGAGAGACUGAGAGAAACAAAGUUCAGUCUAUAAAAGAGAUGUUUAUGGCUAAAAGUGUUGCUGAUAUUCAAUACGGCCAUAGACAGCUUCCUAGCCCCCUCACCUCAGAUCUGUCUGACUCUAGACCUGAGACUUCAGACAGUGGGGGUCACAGAUCACAUGUCUCACCUGAAGUGUCCAGUGGUGAAGAUGAAUCUGUGAUCAAAUCCAUUGCCAAGGGAAUUGUCAGAAGAACCAUCGAAAGGCUAUAUGGAAAGAGAGACGACGAGGUCAAGGACAGCAAUGAGGAAAGACCACCAUCCCCAUCAAAACAGAGGCUAAGAGACAGGGCCAUCAAAAGUAUCCUGUCCCCUUUCCAUAUGGCUCAGAGCAAAGUGCUGUCUGAUUUAUCAUACUUCAACGCCACCAGUCCGUUCGAGUCCUACAGUGAACCAACACGAUGUAUUGCCUUCAAUGCGCAAGUUGGGCCCGGAGACAGCGUCCUAAUAGACAAAGGCAGAUGGCUGAUUAACGAAAAUGCCCCGAUCAGAAAGUCCAUCUCAGAACCAAUUGCAAUACACAAGGCCACUGAAUUGUGCACCAAAACAGAGAAUGAGUGUGACGAUACAAAGGAAGAAAUCCCCUAUUCUCACUUCAGCAUGAGCACCCAGAAUAAAGACCUGUCUUCUGAACUGGAGGACAAAAUGAAGCCAAAGGUGCCAAGGUGCACCUAUUUCACUCUGCCCCAUGGGAGUGACACAGACCUCUACCAGGAUGAAAUGAGGACAGCGGGCAGGAGUGGCGCCGAGGGCGACCUCAUGACGGAGAAGCUAGACAAGUCUGAAGAAGGUGAAUCCAAAACGUGGGUGGAGAAGAAUGGAAAAUUGCCUGCUUUCACCCCUACUGACUUCAAGAUAACGAAAGAUAAUAAAGUUCACCCGCUGGAAGAUGGCCCCAUGAAGGGUCAGGUGGUUGUGGUGGUACAGCCUGGGAAAGGUCAGACAGGUCUCAAAGGUCAGACUGUUGUCAAUCGGAGACCUCAGGAGCCAGAUGCACUGGAGAUUCUUUAUGUCUUCUGUGGCCAGCACUGCCCAGUGCUGUGACAUGCUGUACAGUUAACAUAGGCUUCCUGCCAGAGGGGAACUAACAAUCUUACAGUAUUGAAUGCCUGAAGAAUUUGAAGGAUUUUACACUAUUCUCAUAAAAUGAGAUUAUCAUUUUGACACUUGGUGCCUGAACUUCAAUGUUGCCAUAUAGCUUUGACACUGUGUAGCAUUUUGUCAUUCCAUUUUGUCAAAAUAUAUGAAUUAAUAUGUAAACUGAUAUAUUUAGAAAAAAUAGAAAAGGCAUCACUUAGUACAAUUUGUAAAAACAUCUCUAAUGGAUAUAA